CUAAUAUAUUGCACUCAUUGAAAUGACCAAAAAUGUUCAAAACAAAACGAAAUCAUAUCAGGUCAUAUCUUUGCCGCUACUGAGAGUAACAAUUCCACCAAGAGGGAGAAAGACAUGCUUCUUUUAUAUCUAUUACAGAUCGCCGUAACCCUUUCGACGCCUGUUCGCAAUGAUCGUAUUAUAUUAGAUGGAUGCCCCGGCAGCUGUUGGCAAGGAUACGACCUCCUGGUGCAGCAAUGCUGUAGCCCAUGGCCCACUGGCAUGUGUCAUAAUAUGCCUUGGGAUAUCGUUACAGAACUUUGUUCAGGCAUUUCAACUACACCCACACAAGUCCCGGCAGCAAUUCAUGCAUCCGUUAUCAAGACAACGGCAACAUCCCUCCCACGUAACUGUUCCGGAAGUGACGCAGCCUCCUGUGGAUUCACUUCUUUUCUUAUCUGCUCCACCAGAGGGAAAUAUUUCACGAACAUAUGUGAGUUUGCUAAAGCAGCCUGCCAUGAUCCGACCAUUAGACCAAUGCAAUGCUAAGACAGUUGGGCAUUUAACUUUUACACUCUGGUAACAUCACCUAUGACAAAUAAACUAUCUGACGUGAUCAUUUACUGUACAAGUUAAUUCGCACAAUAAAUAUGAACACAGCA